AUGUCGUCCCCGGCAUCAAAUCGGAGGGGUCGUCCUUCUAAAAACUCCACGGCGUCGCCCGUAUCAUCCAUGUCUCGACAGGAACCUCCCAGCAGCCCAACUUUCCAGGCAACCCCCCGUGCCUCCCGACGCCUGAUGGCCGAGGGAGCUGCACCGUCCUCAUCUCCAAUUUUCUUCCAGUCAUCUCCCACCAAGGGCCAUGAUAGCGCAGAAACCCCCGAUGCUCGGAUGGCAGAUGCGAGUUCCAAUGUGGAUGAUGGAGAGAGAACACCGCGGGGAAACCCUGGGGUCAGAGACUCUUCCCCGAUCAACUACAUCCCAAGCUCUAGCCCAACCCGGGGGUUCGGCCGAACAGACAUCCGCUCAGAUCUUCGCUCUGAUGCCCUCAGCACGAGUAGUGGGUUAUUCGUGUCACCGCAACAGGGUCGUCGCGGAGCGCCUCGCCGCAGUGACUUGCAUUCAGGUGGCUUCGGCUCCACCCCCGCCCGCAGGAAUCGGGUGUUCGUGGAUGCCAAUGGGAUGCCCGCAGGUGACAAUGCGCCUCGCUCCGAUGCCACAUUUUCAAACAUCCACCCGGGCACGUCGGAGGCCGAAGCAAUGGCUGGUAACUCUUCGCGCGUGAUCUGGGGUACGAAUAUCUCGAUCCAGGAUUCGAUGUCGGCGUUCAAAAACUUUUUGUACAACUUCGCCACGAAGUAUCGACUUUGGGCGGAUGGCGCUUCAGAGGAUGAGACCCGCAUCCUUGGAGAGGCAGCAGAGAAGCGUGAAUAUAUCAACUUGUUGAACGACAUGCGCCGGCUCGGUGUGACGACCUUCAAUAUGGAUGCCCGGAACCUGAAGGCGUACCCCUCAACACUCAAACUGUGGCAUCAAUUGUCUGCAUACCCGCAAGAAAUCAUUCCGUUGAUGGAUCAGGCCGUGAAAGAUGUAAUGGUCGAUCUGGCUCUCAAGGAGAUGGAUGUUUUGCGGUCGGAAAGUCAGCGCGGCGCCCAAUCUCGAGACCGACGGGGACAGCCCAUUCUCACUUCGGAUGGUGUCGUUCAGCCUGCUGAUGUGCCUGAUCUGGUUGGCGAGGUCGAGGCGAUGUCUUUCAAGGUUCUUCCGUUCGGCCUGGAUAGGACAGUGAACAUGAGAGAUCUUGACCCCGCUGAUAUGGACAAGCUAGUCAGCAUUAAGGGUUUGGUCAUCCGAGCCACGCCCAUUAUCCCCGAUAUGAAAGAAGCCUUUUUCCGCUGCAGUGUUUGCAACUAUGGUGUUCAGGUCGACAUCGACCGAGGCAGAAUUGCGGAACCAACGAUUUGUCCUCGAGAGUCAUGCCAGGAGAAGAACUCGAUGCAACUUCUUCACAAUCGCUGUUCAUUCUCAGACAAGCAAGUAAUCAAGCUUCAGGAAACACCAGACAAUGUCCCGGAUGGUCAGACGCCUCACUCAGUUUCCUUGUGCGUGUACGAUGAGCUGGUCGAUAUCUGCAAAGCAGGUGACCGUGUCGAGGUGACGGGCAUUUUCCGCUGCAACCCCAUGCGUGUCAGUGCUCGACAGCGGUCCCAGAAGACCCUGUUCAAGACCUAUGUGGAUGUUCUUCAUGUGCAAAAGGUCGACCGCAAGAAGAUGGGCAUCGACUUGUCAACCGUCGAGCAGGAGAUGUCUGAACAGGCGGCAGAGGCCGACCAGGCGCGCAAGAUCUCGGCUGAGGAAGAGGAAAAGAUCAAGCGGACUGCUUCUCGGCCUGAUAUUUACGAGCUCCUUGCCCGAUCCCUGGCCCCUAGCGUGUACGAGAUGGACGAUGUGAAGAAGGGUAUCUUGCUGCAGCUUUUUGGUGGCACCAACAAGACCUUCCAAAAGGGUGGUAACCCACGCUACCGUGGCGACAUCAACGUUCUUCUUUGUGGUGACCCGUCUACCUCUAAAUCGCAAUUGCUUCGCUACGUUCAUAAGAUUGCACCGCGCGGUGUUUACACUAGCGGCAAGGGUUCGUCAGCCGUCGGUUUGACAGCCUACGUGACGCGUGAUCCAGAAACUCGCCAGAUGGUGCUGGAGUCAGGUGCUCUAGUCCUGUCGGAUGGCGGCACUUGCUGCAUUGAUGAAUUCGACAAGAUGAACGAGUCUACGCGCUCCGUUCUCCACGAAGUUAUGGAGCAGCAGACCGUGUCGAUUGCCAAGGCGGGCAUUAUCACCACUCUGAAUGCCCGUACGUCUAUCCUGGCGUCCGCCAACCCGAUUGGCAGUCGAUACAACCCCCGGCUUCCCGUUCCACAAAACAUCGACUUGCCCCCGACUUUGCUUUCUCGAUUUGAUCUUGUUUACCUUGUGCUGGAUCGCGUCGACGAAUCGGAAGAUCGCCGCCUAGCCAAGCACUUAGUCAACAUGUACCUGGAGGAUGCUCCAGAGCAUGCCAGCUCGGAGGAGAUUCUGCCCAUUGAGUUCCUUACGGCCUAUAUUACAUACGCCAAGACCAACAUCCAGCCAGUUCUCACCCCGGCAGCCGGCACCGCAUUGGCUGAUGCCUAUGUGGCCAUGCGCCAGCUGGGCGAUGACAUUCGCUCCUCAGAGCGCCGAAUCACAGCUACUACUCGGCAGCUCGAGUCAAUGAUCCGGCUAUCUGAGGCACACGCGCGUAUGCGUCUGUCACCCGAGGUGACGGCCGCAGACGUCGAGGAAGCCGUCCGCCUGAUCCGCUCUGCGAUCAAGCAGGCCGCGACGGAUUCCCGCACUGGUCUGAUUGACAUGGGUCUGCUGACCGAGGGCACCAGCGCCAGCGAACGCCGCAUGCGCGACGACCUCAAGCGCGCCGUGCUGGCCCGCGUGGACGAGCGCGGUGGAAUCGGCGGCGGCACGGUCCGCUGGGCCGACUUGUUCCGUGACAUGAGCGAGCAAAGUGAUGCACCACUGGACCACAACCAGUUCGGUGAUGCCGUGCGCUCGCUGGAGGCGGAGGGUGCUGUGUAUGUCUCUGGGGAGGGCCCGCGGCGAAGCAUCCGCCGAGCAGCUCCCGGCCUGUCCUAA